UUAUUAUAAAUUGAGUUUGCGCAUUGAUAAAUAUCAUUACCUAUGACAAAUAGUCAUUUAUGUUAUUGUUGGUAUUAAAAGUGUUUCCAUAUAUUUAUAUAAAUUAAUUAUUGAAGAAUUGAAUUAUAUAACUCGAAAUGGCUCUAAAAGCUUUAGUGGGACAAAAGAUAAUGAAUGAGGUGAUUAAGUAUAAGGCAAUAAAAAAGAACGGUCCUGCGACUGUUCAACAGCCUCACGGAGUCGAGUGGAGAAUACUCGUCGUGGACCAACUCGCUAUGAGAAUGGUUUCUGCUUGUUGUAAAAUGCAUGAUAUUUCUGCGGAAGGAAUAACAUUGGUAGAAGAUAUAAUGAAAAAAAGGGAACCGCUUAUGACUAUGGAAGCCGUGUAUUUGAUCACCCCUUCGGAGAAGUCUAUUCAUGCCCUCAUGAACGAUUUCGAACCUCCUAGACAGAUGUACAAGGCGGCACACGUAUUUUUCACUGAAGUUUGUCCUGAAGAGCUGUUCAAUGAGCUGUGCAAGUCAUGUGCAGCUAGGAAAAUUAAAACUCUGAAGGAAAUCAACAUUGCCUUUUUGCCGUAUGAGUCUCAGGUAUUUUCACUAGAUUCCCCAGACACCUUUCAAUGCAGUUAUGAUCCGACAUUCGCCGCUGCUAGAAACGCCAAUAUGGAAAGAAUGGCGGAACAAAUCGCAACUUUAUGUGCUACAUUGGGAGAGUACCCCCACGUUAGAUACAGAAGUGAUUGGGAGAGGAACGUUGAGUUGGCGCAAUUGAUUCAACAGAAAUUGGACGCUUACAAAGCCGACGAACCGACGAUGGGCGAAGGGCCGGAAAAGGCGAGGUCCCAACUGCUGAUUCUCGAUCGCGGUUUUGACUGCGUGUCCCCUUUGCUUCACGAACUCACUUUCCAAGCCAUGGCCUACGAUCUUUUGUCCAUAGAAAAUGACGUGUACAAAUACGAAGCAUCGGCUGGGGUGUUGAAAGAAGUUCUGUUGGACGAAAACGACGAACUUUGGGUGGAAUUACGUCAUCAACACAUCGCCGUCGUGUCCCAAAACGUAACGAAGAAUCUGAAGAAGUUCACAGAUUCGAAACGUAUGACUCAAAGCGAUAAACAAUCGUUGAAAGAUUUAUCCGCCAUGAUCAAAAAGAUGCCGCAGUAUCAGAAAGAAUUGUCCAAGUAUUCCACUCACUUACAUCUGGCCGAAGACUGCAUGAAAUCCUACCAAGGAUACGUCGAUAAACUUUGCAAAGUCGAACAGGACUUGGCUAUGGGUACAGACGCAGAAGGUGAAAAAAUAAAAGAUCAUAUGCGUAACAUCGUUCCGAUCCUGUUGGAUCCGAAAAUAACGAACGAAUACGAUAAAAUGCGCAUCAUAGCUCUGUACGCCAUGACCAAAAAUGGUAUAACGGAAGAGAAUUUAUCAAAAUUAGCGACCCAUGCCCAAAUCAAAGACAAACAAACAAUCGCAAAUCUUCAGUUGCUUGGCGUCAACGUAAUUAACGAUGGUGGACCAAGAAAAAAACAAUACACGGUACCAAGAAAAGAGAGAAUUACCGAACAAACGUACCAAAUGUCGCGAUGGACACCAGUGGUUAAAGAUAUCAUGGAGGAUUGUAUUGAAGACAAAUUAGAUCAAAAGCAUUUCCCUUAUUUGAGCGGCAGGGCACAAUCUACAGGAUAUCAACCAGCUCCUUCGAGUGCCCGAUAUGGACAAUGGCAUGAAAAAAGGGGACAACAAGCCGUUAAAAACGUUCCUCGUAUUAUAGUAUUCGUCGUUGGGGGUAUAUGUUUUUCUGAGAUUCGAUGCGCUUACGAAGUAACAGCCACUCAGAAAAAUUGGGAAGUAAUCAUCGGUUCGUCACACAUACUCACCCCCGAACAUUUCCUUAGCAAUCUAGGCUCGUUGGCCGGCUAGAAUCAGAUGAAAAAAGUCACUUUCAAUAUACCAGAAUGAAUGUAUUGUUCCGUUAGUUGCAGAAAUGUUUUCCGGUACGUAACAAUCGCAAUUUUUUUUAUAUAAAGUUAGUUUCCUUCUCAAUUUUUGAAUUUGUUAUCAAAAAUUUGUCGAAAUAUUGUUUUUCUUUCUCUAAUUUUAUAUAUUUUUGUUGCUUUCAAUGUUUUCUGGUUGGUUGUAAAACUAUUUUUCAAUUUAGUAACAAAAAUAAUGGAUGUCGGAUAUGAUGGUUAAGUUUUGAAGAAAUUUGCUAAAAAUUGCAAAAAUUUUGAAUGAUCAACACUUUAAUUCACAUCUUGAAUUAGACUGACGUUUUAUUUACCUUAUUGAUAAAAUUUUACUUAUUCUUUUUGUUCUUUAUCGAAAACUGAAAAAAAACUUCAUCAAUGUAUUGGAAACAACCACAGUAAAAGAAAUUCCCACCCCAUAUUGAUUUAGUCACCACAUAAAUACGUAUCUCUACUCGCUAAUUGUAUUUUUCUUGUCCUUUUAACUAUUUAAAUAAUGUUUAUACUUAAUUUUAAACAUUUAUUUACACAUUCCCUUAAUGUGGUAUAAAAAUUAAUGCCGAUUGAUCUAAACUGUUUGAGAUCAUUUGUAUCUCAUAUAAAAAGGUUCUAUGUGUCCCUUUUCUUGUCCACAGCACUAAUGAUGCUUAAAGAUCUCUUAAUCCCAUUCCUUUAGAAAAUUUUGGAUGCGGGAUGGCUCUAGCUCCAACAAAAUUGAUGCCGAUCUAUAUAAUUAGAUUGUGAUCUUGUGUAUGUCAUAUACAAAGGUUCUAUGUGCCCCCUUUUCUUGCUGCAACCCUAGGGAUGCUUAAAGAUCUCUUAACCUCAUUCCUUCAGAAAGUUUUGGAUGCGGAAGGGAUCUAGCUGCAAAACAAUCGAUGCUGAUUGAUCUAGUUUGAUUUAGAUCAUUUUCUUGCUACGGCACUAGGAAUGGUAAAAGAUCUGUUAAUCCCACCUCUUUUAGAAAGAUUAGGAUGCGGGAUGUUUGAGAUCAUUUGUUUGUCAUAUACAAAGGUUUGAUGUAUCCCCUUUUCUUGCUUACGGGAUUAUGUUUGGGAUGCAGAAUGGCUCUAGCUGCCAAAUGUCUUCUACAGAUGCUCUCAUAUAUAAUUCUCUGGAGUUAUGUAUUGAGAAAAUGUGUUCUGUUCUCUACUUAUCAGAAUCUGCAUGUUGCUGGAUUUAAUAGAGGUUUGAGAUCAUACGAAACGGAUAGAUUAUGGAUGAUAAGCAACAAUUUUUAUGUUAUUCCAAAGAUAAGUUGUAAAAAAUGUUUUCUUUCUCUGUAUCUAUUUGAAAUUAUGAAAUUGAUGGAAAAAAUAUACAAUUGUCUUCUAAAACAGAUAUAAGUUCAAAAUAAUUAACUAGUCUAAUCGUGAUUGAAAUAAAAAUAAUUAUUUUGAAAUAGUUUUAUGGUGAUCGAUUAAUAUAUUAUUAUGUAGAAUAGAGUAUUAAAAAAAUGUGAGUAAAUAUAUUUAAAAAUAAAAAUUUUACUGAAAAAAAUAAUCACAGCUUUGUAUCGAUGUUUAGAGAACUUGUAUUAUAUUCUUAGUAUUCUAUCCUGAACUAUUUUUUAUAUAUAGUGUAUAAUGAAAUUUCAAUAUAGAAAAAAGUCUGUCAGAGUCGCGUUUUCCACCUUCAAGAUAAAUGUAAAGCUUUCUGUUAUUUUAAUUUAUAUUCGUUACAACUACAUCUAGAUAUAUAUCAAAAAGUUUUAUUAAUUUGAAAUGUAUAUGAUGUCAAUUGAAAAAGUUAAAUAAACAUUAGUAAAACAGCAUUUUAGUAUUUUAUUUGCC